ACGGAAGUGUGUGCGUGGGACUCGUCUCGGUGACGCACCGGGUGGGAGCCCGUCGGAGCUUGACAGCUGAACAAAAGCACAAAAUGCGCCUAAAAUGAGCACGUUAGCAACAAGAAAGACGUUUAAAAAGUCUCACGUCUGAUUGUGAUUUUAAAUCGGCAUGAAGUGAAACGGUCCUCGACCCCCGCGUCACCUGCACACGGAGUUUGUGACGCACGGAAAGGCGGUUGCUUGUUGUCUUCUAACAGACAUCAUGUCUUUCCUGGUGGACUCGGUCAUCAUGUUCACCUCACAGGUGCUGUUCUUUGGAUUCGGCUGGUUAUUCUUCAUGCGGCAACUGUUCAAAGACUACGAGGUGCGACAGUACGUCGUCCAAGUGGUUUUCUCCGUCACCUUUGCUUUUUCUUGUACCAUGUUUGAGCUCAUCAUCUUUGAGAUUCUGGGUGCCUUAAGUAGCAAUUCCAGGUAUUUCCACUGGAAACUGAAUCUGUAUGUGAUACUGCUGGUUCUAAUCUUCGUGGUGCCUUUCUACAUCGGCUACUUUGUUGUCAGCAACAUACGGCUGUUGCAGAGACAGAAGCUUCUAUUUGCCUGUAUGGUGUGGUUCACCUUCAUGUACUUCUUCUGGAAACUUGGAGACCCAUUUCCUAUCCUCAGUCCAAAACACGGCAUCCUGUCCAUUGAGCAGCUCAUCAGUCGUGUCGGUGUGAUCGGGGUUACACUCAUGGCUCUGCUGUCUGGCUUUGGUGCUGUUAACUGUCCUUACACGUACAUGUCUUAUUUCCUUAGAAAUGUAACAGACAGUGACAUCCUUGCCCUGGAGAGACGGCUGCUCCAAACUAUGGACAUGAUCAUUAGCAAGAAGAAACGAAUUGCAAUGACAAGGAGGCAGAUGUACCAGCGCGGGGAAGACCAGAACAAGCAGACAGGAUUUUGGGGCAUGAUCAAGAGUGUUACCUCCACCCAAACAGGCAGCGAAAACCUUUCUCUGAUCCAACAGGAAGUCGAUGCUCUGGAAGAGCUGAGUCGACAACUCUUUCUGGAGACUGUGGACCUGCAAGCUACCAAGGAGCGAAUUGAGUACUCGAAGACCUUCCAGGGGAAAUACUUCAACUUCCUUGGCUAUUUCUUUUCCAUCUAUUGCGUUUGGAAAAUCUUCAUGGCCACCAUAAACAUUGUGUUCGACCGAGUUGGGAAGACAGAUCCAGUGACGAGGGGCAUUGAAAUUACAGUGAACUACUUGGGUAUCCAGUUUGAUGUAAAGUUUUGGUCUCAACACAUCUCUUUCAUUCUGGUGGGAAUAAUAAUCGUAACAUCCAUACGUGGCUUACUCAUCACCCUCACCAAGUUCUUCUACGCAAUAUCAAGCAGCAAGUCUUCUAAUGUCAUAGUGCUUGUCCUCGCUCAGAUAAUGGGGAUGUAUUUUGUAUCAUCUGUACUGCUGAUGCGCAUGAGCAUGCCGCUGGAGUAUCGCUCCAUCGUGACUGAGGUUCUGGGAGAGCUGCAGUUCAACUUUUACCACCGCUGGUUUGACGUCAUCUUCCUGGUCAGCGCCCUUUCAAGCAUCCUCUUCCUUUAUCUCGCCCACAAGCAGGCACCAGAGAAACACAUGGCCCUCUGAUCCCCUACCGAUCUUCUUCUCUUUCUCUAAUGUGACUCUCGGCCCAGAGGGGGACUUCUAAUCUGGAAUUUGGGGAUAUCCAGAUUUUUUUUUUUGUUUGUAUACAGGACAUAAUUAUGUGGACUGCGUGUUCCUGAAUCAGGAACAGUUCAUUGUUGGAUACAAAUGUUGGUGAACUACUGGAGCCAAGUGCACUCUCUUGAAUUGAAAAAAAAAAAAUUAAAAUCUGUAUUUUCAGAACAACGAUUCUACCAGAAAUUAAAUUUUACCUGUUAAUUUUA